CAACACAAGGAACUGUACUAUUUUACUAACGGUAUCUCGGAGUCUCAAGAGACAAGAAACCAGCAGCGGGUGUCAGGUGUUUCUGAGCUACAGUGUUAGUGUGAUGGACCACCAACAGUGUGAUGGAGGCCAUGUGUCAGAGAGCUGUGACUCACCCGGUAACGGGGACUCCUGGCUACCACCUGCCAAACUGUCCCGCCUGGAGAUGAAUGGUGGCAUGGGCCCCUCAGGGCCAUACCAGGGCAGGACAAGACAGGGGAGCCCAGGGACCAGAGCCCCCACCCCGGCCCCCAUACCCACGAUACCCGCACCACAACCUAAGAACUGGCAUAAGAGAGGGAGCCUGCUGCCUGUGCUGUGUGUGGUGGAGCACAGAGAGAACCCAGUCUCGGCAGUGGAGGCUGAGAGGCGAGAGGAGCAUGCAGAGUUUGUACUGGUCAGGAGAGACCUGCUGUUUAACCAGCUGAUAGAGAUGGCUCUACUGGCCCUGGGCUACUCUCACAGCUCAGCAGCACAGGCAAAAGGUUUGAUCCAGGUGGGUAGGUGGAACCCUGUCCCUCUGUCCUGUGUGACUGAUGCUCCUGAUGCCACAGUGGCUGACAUGCUGCAGGACCUCUACCAUGUCACCACCCUCAAGAUCCAGCUCACCAGUUGUCCCAGGUUGGAGGAACUCCCUCCAGAACAGUGGAGUCACUCUACAGUGAGAAACGCCCUGAAGGAGCUACUGAGAGACAUGAACCAGAGCUCACUGGCCAAAGAGUGCCCUCUGUCCCAGAGUAUGAUCUCCUCCAUUGUAAACAGCACCUACUACGCAAACGUGUCGGCCACCAAGUGCCACGAGUUUGGCCGCUGGUACAAGCACUUCAGGAAGACCAAAGGCAUCGUGGAGAUUGAUAGCUUCUCUGACCAAUCCCAACCGGGCUCCACCCAUCUGACCUUUACCCAUCAACCAAACCCAGGCAACACAGCCAAACAGGCCGACUCCUCGCCCCUCGUCUUCCCUCACGGGGGAGCCGCCCACAUUUCUGGUCGUGGCUGCCUGGCCCCAAGUCUCCGCCCCCCAGGGCUGGUGACCGCCCCCCUCAGCCCCCAGCUAGUCAACCCCCAACAGUUAGUCAUGGCCCAGUUCCUCAACCAGCAGUAUGCAGUCACCCGAAUGUUAUCCCAGCAGAGCCUGUCUGUAUCUGUCUCUACCUCCCCCCAGCAGUUCCUCAACCACCCCUCUGUGGGGAGGCCUCCCACCUCCCUGGCCCUAGCCAAGGCCCUCGACCCCCAGCCCCAGGCUGGACCACCAGGACCCGGGUCUGGGUCCCAGAGCCAGGUGUGUGGACCAUCAGACAUCUACUAUGAGAUCUACCAGUGGGUGAGAGAGGAGCUGAAGAGAGCAGGCAUCUCCCAGGCUGUGUUCGCCCGCGUGGCCUUCAACAGGACCCAGGGCCUGCUGUCUGAGAUCCUGCGUAAAGAGGAGGAUCCGAAGAGUGCCUCUCAGUCUCUCCUGGUCAACCUGCGGUCCAUGCAGAGUUUCCUCCAGCUACCUGAGAGCGACCGCGACCGUAUCUACCAGGAGGAGAGGGAGAGGAGUCUGACCGCGUCAACCACUAUCACCCAUUCACCCAACAACACUACCCCACCAUGCCACACACAGACCAGAAAGGAAGAGGGGAACUUUGUCAAGGCUGAAGAUUGGCACUCCCGGGUUUCCAUAGGCAUCCCUAUAGCGAGGCUGUCCCCAGUAGCAGUAAUUAACAGAGGGGUGAAGAGUGAGGGAUGUGUUCUAAACAUCAACAGUUCUAUCUACGAGGAGAUCCAACAGGAGAUGAAGAGAGCCAAGGUGUCUCAGGCCAUGUUCGCCAAGAUGGCCGCCUCCAAAAGUCAGGGCUGGCUGUGUGAGCUUCUGCGCUGGAAGGAGGAUCCGUCCCCGGAGAACCGGACCCUGUGGGAGAACCUGUGUAUGAUCCGGCGCUUCCUGAGUCUGGCCCAGACGGAACGAGAUGCCAUCUACGAACAGGAGAGCAACGCUCUGCAGCAACACUGUACAGACAGACUGAUACAGCUAGUCAACGACAACACACUGCUCCAACGCCACUCCCCGUUGCCACAGCAACACCAUCAACGGCUCCUGACCCCUCGGUCCCAGCAGCCCUUGCAGCCCCAGGCGGGGCCUCGCCUGCCUCCACGACAACCGUCCACAGCAUCACCAGCCGAGACUGAGGGGGGUGGGGGCCAACUGAAAACCUGGUUGGGGGGUAGUAAGGUUGAUGGGAGGGUAGAGGACAUUACUGGCCUGGGCAAUAGGAGUAGGGCUGAGGGUAGUAAUGACAAGGAAGGAGGUGAGGGAGGUUGGUCGGGGGACAGACAGAGUAACGGAGAGGGCAAUGGCGGGCGUGAGGGGGGUGAGGGGUUUCGGGUGUCCCAGGAGGCGCAGGGGAUCCUGCAGAGCUUCAUCCAGGACGUGGGUCUGAACCCAGAUGAGGAGGCUGUCCACACCCUGUCAGCCCAGCUGGGCCUGCCAAAACACACCAUCCUCAGCUUCUUCCAUUGCCACCACCACAGCUACACACACCAGAACCAUAGACAGGACUACAGUGAGAUCCACCACAACCAACUUCCUAGCCAGAACCACAGGGACCAGGACCUGCUCUUCUGUAUUGGAGCAGGCCCAACCCAGCCUGACAGAACUACAGGGGAGAAGGAAGAGGGAGGAGCCGUAGAUCCUGCUGGACAGAUAGAUGGACAGGAGGAGGAGGACAUGGAGGGGGAAGAGGGAGGAGCCGUAAAUCCCGCUGGACAGAUAGAUGGAGAGGAGGAGGAGGACAUGGAGGGGGAAGAGGAAAUAGAGUGGGAGGGGGGGAAAGAGUUGGAUGUGAGCACCCAGACUAACGCCGUCGUCACCCUAAAGGAGGAGGAGCAACAUGACUCUAACCAAUCACAGCCGGAGACAACCCAACCACAUGACUCUGAUGAAUAG